AUGAAGAAUGAAAACCAUAAUGAAAUAAAUAUUAAAGGAAUAGACAAGGCAAAAUGUGAUAAAUCAGAUGAAAGCCGUACUGUUGAAUUUUUCACAGUGAAUAUAAUACAAUGGACAAGCCAAAUUAGAGUUAACGUAUUUUUUUUUAACUUGAAAAUUAUCAUAUUAACCUUCUUCCUUUAUAUAUCAAAACAUUUCAGCAAUAGUUCUCCGUUAACGCCAGGAAAUUACUCGAACAAUGAAAGGCACAACGUGCGCUUUAAAACAUUAAGAUUGUUGAACGAAAAUGACUGUACCAAUUCUACUAGUAAAUAUAAAUCAGCGUCAUCAAUAACCAAGAAAAAAAGUGAUAAAUCAGGGGAUUCGGAAAAAAGAACAGAAACGACCAAAUCAAUCUUUACUAGUUAUAAAAACUUAGGCAAUGCAUUUAUUGAAGUUGAUUUAUCAGAUGAAGGAGUACUGCUGGGGGAAAUGAAUAAAAUUAUAUUGCAAGAGAAACUCAUGAGGGAGGAAUUUUCGAAGGCAGGGGAUUCUCCUUCAAACGAAUAUUUUGCCCUUUAUUUCAAUGAUGAAAAUUGCAUAAAUCGAAUCAUGGACUUGUCGAGAAAAUCAAGAUUGUAUAGAAGCAAAUAUUUGCGACUGAGGUAUCGUAUUCUCAGACAUAUCAAUAAAUUUUUAAAAAGAAUGAAAGUAUUCUUCAUAAUGGAAUAUAAGUACAAUAAAAACGUUUUGGAAGAAUUUCGUGCUAGUAAUUUUUACUACUUCGUAUUUCCUUAUGUAAAAUAUCACAUCAAAAUUUUCUUUUCUUGGUUUUCAAAGAAAAAUUCUCGUACUAAAAGUAAAUAUUAA